CGAAGAGAGAGCACCGUGAGCCACCGAGCAAGCAAGAGACGGACCGGAGUGGAUUUGAGGGGGAAGCCAACAUUAUCCGAGCUGGAAUGGACCGCUUCUCUGCCGUAUGGAGUUUGAUUUCAAAUUGGACCGCUGUCUGACUCGGACGCUUCGGUUCGUUGAGGAUAUAUUGCGCACAAGUAGCACGCAACACUUCAAGCACAGCGAGGAAUCAUUUCUCAAAACUCAACACGCGGGAUUAUUGAAGGAACACAUCACUCCUCGGUUGACCACCAGCGGUUCGGUCUGGAUUGGAUAGUAUGUCGAGCUCUUUUUGACAUUGGAUCAUGGAUCGGGGAGGUGGGGAAACAACAACGGCCGACGACAUGAUUUCCCUGCACUGUUUGCGCCCCGCAGCGAGGUUCGGCGUUGGCGCUCUGUCAGUGUUCCGAUGCAACAAAAGUUACAAAGCGAGUCUAAUGCGUGGAUUUUGAACUGGAUCUGCCAUUUUGCACCUGCAUUAGCAGAUCGCGCAUCGACACGGUGCAGAUUCGUGACCAAAAAACGUGUGGCUUUUGCCCUCACCUCUCCAGCCUGUGUUGAUAUUUGCACGUUUGCUUGUCGUAAUGGAGAUUGGCGAGGUUUUUUACUCAAGGUCAUUGAGUGUUUAAGGCUUGAUUUACACAAGGUAAUUUGCAGUCGUUGCAGCACAGCCUAGGAUUGCUCACUGUGUUUGUUGGUGAUUCCACGGCGCAGACAGAAUCUCCCGUAGAGUUCUGUUUGCUUUGGUUUUGACACUCCAAGCACCCCCCCUCCCUCCUCCUAAUAUGGAUGGUAAAUUGAAGAAGGGUCGGAGAUGCCGGCCCAAGCGGGAAGGGGUGCGAAGGCUGCGUGAUACGGGCAGCAAGGACCCGCGUAGCCCCGACCCCAACUCCGCGUACUCCGAUAGGGAGGGACACAGUCCGAGGAGGGACGCUAAAAGGGCGCCGCACCCCGCUGUGGCCGUCCGAGCCCCCCACACCCCUCGGCGGAAGAGACGGGAGUCCAGCUCUCAGGAAGAGGAUAUAAUUGAUGGAUUUGCUAUCGCCAGUUUCAUCAGUCUGGACUGUCUGGAGAAGAAAACGGGGCUUCUGAAAACACAGGAGAAGGAGCGGUGGAAGGAAAAAAGGGUCGUGAAACGGCCAAAAACGGAAGCCGAGGAGGUGGAAGAGGAAGAGGAGAAUGUUCAGCCUAUUGUCGAUCCACUGGAGAAUGGAUUCUUUCAUCAUGCACAGCGAGAGCAAGAGAGGAUGAACGAGAGGCUGCUCAAAAAAACAUACUCCAAGAAGAACAAAAUGAUCAAACCAUUAAUGUUCUCUCCAGUCAAAUUUUGUAAGGAUGAGACGAUGCCAGACUUCAGCAUACCUCACAGGAGCAACACCAAGGAGCAGUUGAAUGAGAGUUCCACUCACUCGCUGUCAGGCCGCGACUACUCAGUGACGCCAGCAGCAGUGACCCUCCUCAAGUGUGACAGUGAGACUGACAUUGACAACAAGGUGUCUGACGUAGGAUCACAGAAGCUCCUUUCUCCCACCACACCCAAAGGUGUGUCAGCGAAUGAGAGUCUUGAGUCAAAAAGUUGUUGCUCAACCAAAGUGUCCGGUCUUCAGCGCAACCGGGAACAGAACAACAUUGAGGUGCCAUUUGCACCCCCGCUGCCCAGCCCUACUCCGGCCUCAGCGCCAACGGGCUCGCCGGCCCCUGCUGCAGCCGCCGCACCCCCAGAACCUCCUCAAUCUCGCCUCCUGAGCCCAUCUCCUCUCAGUGUCAAGCGGGAGCCACAAGGCCCACCCCCUGUCCCUUCCCCAUCCCUGCUGAGGGCACCGCCCCAUUUCUACCCUCCUCACCCACACUCACAGCAGGAUUCCUGCAUCCCUGUGGGGGUGCCACAGCCCCACCCCCGGCCAAUCAUAAGACAUCAAGUACACCACCCGCUGCAGUACAACCUCCACGACAUCAGCCACCAGAGCAGUCCUGUUCUGCCCAAACAUCACCUCACUCCAUCUCAACACCACCCACUCAGUGGGCUGCCUUCCUCAGCCCCCACCUUGCCUUUGUCCAUAGCCAACCUCUCUACCUCGCAAUAUUCCUCCCUACGGAGCCCGGCACAUCGCCAUUCGGCCAUGUUCGCAACCCCAGCAACACUGCCUCCACCACCAACCUUACCUACCAACAGUUUAGUGGUGCCUGGUCACCCUGCGGGUACCCCCUACCCAGAGCAUGAUCUACUGCGGCAGGAGCUGAACAACCGAUUCCUGGUUCAGAGUUCAGAGCGGGGCCGGGGGCCAUCUGCCUCGCCGCUGGCCCCCGUGUCGCUCCUGAGGGCCGAGUUUCACCAACAUCAGCACAUGCACCAGCACCAACACACCCACCAGCACACCUUCACGCCCUUCCCCGCCAGUCUGCCCCCGGCCGCCAUCCUCACCCCGCCCACCGCACCUCCCAUGGUGCGUAACCAAGCCAGAAAUUUUGACAAAUAUACCCCCAAACUGGACAAUCCGUUCAUCAGACAUCAUUCUAAUUUCUUCCCCUCCUACCCUCCUACCAUGCCGGGUAUGCCCCCACUGCUCCCACACUCAGGACCCUUCAGCUCACUGCAAGGAGCCUUCCAACCCAAGGCAUCCAAUCCCAUCGAUGUAGCAGCACGUCCUGGAGCAGUACCUCACACACUCCUUCAGAAAGAUCCACGGAUUACGGACCCAUUCAGGACAAAUGUUCGAAAACCUGGCAAGUGGUGUGCAGUGCAUGUCCAGAUCGCGUGGCAGAUCUACCACCACCAGCAGAAAAUGAAGCAAAUGCAGCUGGACCCCCACAAACUAGACAUGAAUGGGAAGCUGGAUCUGUUCAGCCGACCCCCAGUCCCAGGUGUCUUCCCGGGGUUCCCAUAUCCUCAUGACCUGGCACGACCCCUCUUCUCCUCUUCAGGCUCAGGCCACCCUGCUCCCUCUCCAUAUGGUCCUGCUGCCCACCCCAGUGGUUUCCUGCCUCCAAGCCAUUUGGCAGGUAAGUAUCCUUUCAGUCGCUCCAGUUCCUUUGGCGGCCUCGGCAACCUUUCAAGCAGUGCCUUCGGAGGAUUAGGCAACCCCUCGCUUGGGUCCAACAGUAUGUUUGGCCCCAAAGAGGGACCCGGAGGAAUGCCCCCGUUUAGCAGCCCACAACAUGACACCUGGAACAGGCUGCGACGCACACCGCCAUCUUUCCCCACGCCGCCACAGUGGCCUAAAACUGCAGACGCUGAGAGGAGCAGCUCCGCCAACAGCCAUGAGCGAGAACGAGAGAGGGAGCGCGAACGGGAGAGGGAAAAAGAAAGAGAUAAAAGAGAUUCAUCGAGUGGAAAAGAGGAGAAAGACAGAGACCGAGAUUCGGUGGAACGUAACCGCCACUCCAACCGGUCAUCUCCAGCCUCUGCACCAGUCAGCUAUCAGAUCAGCAACUUGAUCCGUUCCACCAGCCAGAGCAGUGAUCCGGUACGGCAUCACAGCGGCAGCAUGGAUCGGGUGCGGGAGGCAGAGAAAGACCUACUGGAGCGUCACAGGGAGUCCUCCACCCUAGUCGACGUUAAGAUAAAGGAGAGUCGCUCGCCUGGCAAGGAGAUGCUGGAGAGGAGAUCUUCAGAGGAUUCUAUUAAACCACCUCAGCGUUCUCCCUCUCCAUACUCCAAAGCAGUAAUCAAUGAGCAGAGCAUGAAGAUGGCAGGUGGGCCCCCGCCUGCACUCAAAGACACUGAGAGGAAAGAGCUUUCAACCGGGGAACAAUUCCCAAAGGUAAAAAAUGAUGACAUGAAGAUCAAGGAGGAGAGGAAGGAGGAGCAGGAAGUUAUGGUGGUGAGUUCCGAGCCAGCUAACCAGCCGCCUGGACAAGUGCAGUCGGCCCCCAUGACCCAGCCUGGAAAUCCACACCACCACCACCCUCCUUUGUCUCAGCAUCCUCAUCUUCCCUCCCCGCGGGGCAGUGACAUUCCAGCAGCGGGUUUGCAUGGUGUCCCCAUGGCACACUCACUCCCCCUUUCCAUGAGUGCCAUGCCCCAAAUGGGCAGCCUCAAUGUUCUGGACCGGGCUCGCAUGGCUCCCUUCAUGGGAGUCAGCCCGCUGGCAGGAAGAGAGCGUCUCCCCCACCCGGCAUUCCCUUGGGACCCUCUGAGAGAGGCCUACCGCAGCCUGGAUCUGCAGAGGCGCAUGGACUUCCAGCUCAGGGCCGAUCAAGGACAUCGCUUCAACAGUGUGUACGAACAAGAGCGAGCCUACCGUGAGCGGGAGGCGCAUGACUACUCUCACCACGAGCACCUUAUGGAAGUGCGCAGGGAGCACGAGAGGAUGAGGCAGCAGGCGGAGGAGCGAGAGCGCCUCCACCUACGGGAAGAGCUGGACCGAGCACGGCUCCAUCAGCUGCACCAAUCCCCCAUGGAAGGCCACCUACCGCACAUGCCUCCAUUUAUGCCCCACCUUGGUGGAAUGCCCUACCCCAGACUCAGCCCUUCCACCGGGCACAACGGCCUUCUGAACAGAACGCCCCCUACUGCUGCUCUCAGUGCGCCUCCGCCACUUGUGCCAGCCGGCAGUGGCAGGCCGGCCUCCCCGAGGAGGACUACACCCCUCACAACCACCCAGGACCCUCGGGACUAUUCCCCAUCUCGCAACCCCAAAGAGGUAGAGGCGCGGUAGCUUCUUCAAAAAGUGCACUCCCAAGCUCUACUCCCCCAAUUGAAUAUUGUCCCUUGAACAAAAUGCACUCCUCUUCCCUAGAGAAGAGCAGACUUCUCCAAGGGAAAAGGUAUGAUUGUACAGUAUCUGAUUGAGCACAUGUCAUGAAUAUUUUUGGGUGGACUGAAGGUUUAGACAAUGUCAAGAGAACACAAAUAUGUGUCUGUUUAUAUCCACCUUAAAUAUUUGAUAAUUAUUAAUAUAUUAAUCAAAUGACUUUUUUCAUCUUUAAGUGAAAAAAGAGGCUCUGAAAUGGUUUGUAUAUUUGCUAUCCUUGUUCCAUGUAUAGAUAUCAUUUCUACGAAUUUGAUGUAAUGUGUGCAGUUGUCACACUUUUUACAAUAUUUAUCCCAACUGAUUGUGUGGCAUACCCAUUCUGACUGUAAAGACUGGAUUUGGAUUACCUUUGGGUAAUUUCACCUCACGGUACCAGGAUAUCCUCAAAGUGGCAAUGUACAGUGUUAUAUUACCGAUUUGUUUUGCCUCUGACAUAUGCAGAAAAUAUAUAUAAUGAGGUCUUUGUUCAGUCUCUGUAUAGAAAGCUGAUGUAAAUAACCUGUCGAUAUCCCUUUGGGUGUACAUUUACUAGGCUUUUUUUAACCAUUUGUUAAAAAAAAAAAAACAACAACAAAAAAACACAUAUACACACACACACACAAUUAAGUCCAAUUUGUGGAACUCAUCCUGAUUGAAUAUCAAGGCAACAGACAAGCCUUGCCAAUGCAUGCAAAGUGAUGGUAGGUGCUGGAAGGGAGCCUAGAAGGAUCAUCUGCUAUCUAUGCAAAGCAGCAUGGCACCCUAGCUAGAUUUCCUAGGGGAAGCAGACUGGUGACACUGAGAGGCUUGGGUAAACUCAUGUUGAUAUUUCCCGAUGAAAUAAUCAUGGUAAUACUAAAAGACUUCCAUGUCAUAAACUGGACCAGACCCAGACAGAAAAGAAGGACACUUUAAAGUGGGCAGCAAAAGGACAUUCCCUGUCAAACUUGUGGUUCUGUGCAGUUGUUUUUCUUAGAUUCUUGUAUACAAAUGAAGUAGAAUUUUAGGCGUGAUAAGUAAAAAAAAAAAAA